AUGGCAGGAUUCCUUAAUAAGCUGAAGAGCGCGGGAACAGGGACCACGAGUCCCGCGGGCAAAGAUGCCGCAGCCAAAAAGAAAGAAGCUCUCGAGCCGCCCCCAGAAAUCACGCCUCUGGAGAAGAUGCUUCAAAAUGCUGGCCCUCUGCGAGACGACGGCACCGACCGCUUCUUUGGUCUCGAGAACGAUGCUUUCAGGCAAAACGUCGUCAACUACCCGCCCUACUCCCCAUCCGAAACACCCAAUGGCGACGGCACGCGGCCCAAGGUACAAGUGAGCAUCCGGGCCGCCGAUGAGAAGGAGACCGAGCGUCGUCGAGUUCUUGAUGUCGGUGAAGACGAUGGAGAUCUGGCCCGUGGGCGCGGGGAUCUCGGCCUCGAGUCGCUGGAGCGUCGAGUCGAACACGUCGCCGGCCCUGGUCUUCUUGCCGCGGCGCGGCAGGCUCUGCAGGUCUUCGGGCACGCCGGACGGGUACAGCGACAUGCUCUGGCCCGCGGUGCAGACUCGAGGCGCUCCAUCCGCCUCUUGAGGUCGCGGAGCUUCUGCGACGCCCCGCAUGAGGUCGCCGCGCUCGGACCGGACGACAUCGACGAUGAGGCCCGGCGACAUGUACUCCCAGAGCUCGCGCGUCGCGAGGAGGAUGAUGUCGUCCGACUCGCGGAUCGUCACGUUGCUGACGUAGGGGGCGGCCUGCACCGAGGGCAUGAGGCCGACGUAGCCGAAGGCGCGCGAGACCUCGAGCAGGUCGUUGAGCUUGCCGUUGCGCGACACCCAGCCGCCCGCCUCCCGGAUGCGCUGGCGUUCCGUCGGCUCGGCGGGGUCGUGCUUGCGCGUCAGGAUCUUGUGCGACCCGUCGGUCUGGAUGAGCAUGGCCUGCGCGUCGCCGACGUUGGCGACGAACAGUUCGGUGCCCUGCAGGGCGGUGGAGGAGAGCCGCAAGAUGGCAGAAGAAAGAAGAGAAGAAGAACAACAAGGACGCGGGGGGCGAGCCCCGGGGGGAUCCUGAGUCGCGCUAACCGCGGCAGCAAGUCGAUGACGAAGAAGAGCUUCAGCUUCCUCAACAAGGACAGAUCCGACACGGGGGAGAACGGCGCGAACGGUGACGGGUCGUCGAGCCCGGCGGAGAGCAAGCUUAAGGACCGAUUCAGCUUCAACCUCGGCCGCAGGAAGAGCAGCAACCUGCUGUCGUGA